AUGCUGAAGAAGGUGGCCGCGAAGGCAUCAAAGACUCGAACUGCCGGUCUUGUCCGCAGGCUGCGAGGUCAGACAAACUCUGAUCUGGAGAACGAUGCCGGUGGGCCGUCCAGCUCUGAACCGGUCGAGGAUGUGGCGGAUGUCCAACCCGACGUCGCGCCCGUCGCGCUUGACGAAGAGCCUGAGCUCAUUAUGAACGUCGCAUGCGCGGAGCCAUGCCCGCAGCCUGAUGGCAGCACUCUUCUUGACAACCCAUUUGCCGAGUUUGACCGGCCUCUUGCCUGUGCGCAACCGUACGAGCCGAUUCCAGUGCCAGACUCGAUCUUUGACAACAUGCCGGUCUCGUGCGCCCAGUUGCCGCCCCACAUGCUUGCGUCCCCACCGUCGUGGUGGGCCGAUUCCAUCAAGAACAACACCGGGCUGACCUGCCCGACAGCCGAGUUUCCCUCGCUUGCCAAGCUCUGCGUCCGGUCUAUCCUUGACAAUGACGUGUAUGUUCGCGAUGCGCCGGGAGUUAACGACGAGGCGCGCGCCGCCGUCGCCGACGGCAUGCGGCGGUUCCCGUUCUACUCGCUCAAGGAGCCGUUGCUUGACGCGUGGUCGCCGCACGUCGUCGAGGCACUGCACGAGCCCAUUGCCGCUGCCGACCCAGCUACCGGCCCACAGCCUGUCAUCAACGUCUCGGUAGACCUCGUCGACUCGGCCAACCGCAUCUAUCAGAUGGCUCUCAUGAUCGACACGGUGGACGAGCUCGCACGCCAAGACAACGUGGAGCUUGCCAUGGACCGCUAUGAGAAGUUCCUCAAGCUCGAGUCUACCAAUGCUCGCGCCGGGGAACUCCGCUCAUCCCUGCGCUCGACAUCCUCGCUCGAGGCCGGACCUCGGGCGCGACACAAGCUCGUCGACCGUCGCGGUCCGCUCAUUGUGCUCGACAAGUUUGGCAAGCUCCUCACCGACGAUAGCGACUACGACGUUGAGGUUGCCCUCGAGCGGACGCGCACCGCCUGGCGCGAGGCUUAUGGCGAUGAGUACAUUGUCAAUCUCGCCGAAGUCUACCCGGACGGCGCCGCGCACCGGCCCGGCCUUGUCUCGGCCAACCUGCUCGCCACCAUGACGCCUGCCGAGGUUGUCCGCGAUCGCAAGUGGCUCGCCGGCCUUCACGUCGUGACGGGCGCCGAUGGCGCCGACGCGCUUGCUGCGGGCUACACCCCGUUCUUCCGCGGCCUUGUCCGGUCAUACGAGCGGUUCCUCUUCCUCGCCGCCAAGUACCCGGACCGGCGCUCGACGUUCAUCUCGGUCGCUUACGACGCCGAUCUCAUCUGGCAUGCGCAUCAGAUCUUCCCCUCGCUCUACGAACAGGACAUGGGCCGCAUCCUCGGCCGGGCCAUGGCCCACGUUCCCUGGCCAGACUACACCGCCGAGCAACAUGCGCGCAACACCUCGGAGCUCCACUCGGUCUGGACCGACGAGUUCCCUGACGACCCGUUCAACCACUAG